AUGCUGGGCCUCCUUCUUCCUUCCCUCGCCCUCGCAUCCGUUGUUUCUUCUGCUACUACGUGCAAAUGUCUCUAUAAUGACUCAUGCUUCCCCACAUCAGCCGAAUGGGACGCCUUCAGCAAGAACCUCUCCCAGCCCGUCCUCCAGGACCAGAAGCCCCUCAACGCCGUCUGCUUCAAGGACAGCGGCGUCUAUGACGCCGACGCCUGCGCACAGGUCACCGCCAACGUCGUCAACCCGCCCUUCCUCACCAGCAAGCCCAACUGCCUUGGCUUCGUCAACCUCGAGGCCCUCGUCGUCAACGACACCGUUCAAUACUGCCCGCGUCCCUUUUACGACGGAGAGACGACGUGCGACCAGGGCCGCAUACCCAAGUUCCUGGUCAACGCCACGUCCGUCGACGAUAUCCAGAAGACGCUACAGUACGCGACGGACCACAACCUCAAGCUGGUGGUGCGGAACACUGGGCACGAACUGAUGGGCCGCUCCGGCGGCUCGCAGUCCCUCGAACUCUACGUCAACAACUUCAAGAACAUCGACUUUGACGAGCAAUUUGUGCCCGAGGGCGCACCCGAAGGCACCGCGAGCGAGUACGCUGUCACCCUCGGCGCCGGCGUCCAAUGGUUCGAGAUCUACGCCGCCGCCGACGCGAAGAACCGCCUCGUCCCCGGUGGCUUCUCGCCCGACGGCACCGUCGGCGCCGCCGCGGGCUGGGUGCUCGGCGGCGGGCACUCCGUGCUGUCGCCCUUCUACGGCCUCGGCGUCGACAACGUCCUCCAAUUCACCGCCGUGCUCCCCAACGGCACCCUCGCCACGCUGAACAAGUACAAGAACCCCGACCUCUUCUGGGCGUUCCGCGGCGGCGGCGGCCCGUCCUUCGGGAUCGUGACCAGCACGACGUACCGCACGCACGAGAACCCGCCGAUCACGGCCGUGUUCUACGCCGCGCAGGCGAACGGCUCGGCUGCGUACGAGCAGCUGCUGACGACGUGGAUGGCGCAGCACAACGACAUCGCGGACGCGGGCUGGGCGGGCGUGUGGCCCUUCCUCGCGAACACGUUCUACCUCACGUUCUUCACGCCCGGCAACCCCCCGCAGAACCCCGCCGCGAACGCGACGAUGGACAAGUUCUUCGCCGCCUCGCGGGCCAUCCCCGGCGUGACCGUCUCGCUCGCGCUGAGCAAGGUCUACCCCUCCUUCCAGCAGUGGAACCUCGACAACCUCGUCAACAGCCAGUACGGCUACGGCUUCAACUGGACCGCCGGCAGCGAGAACACGACGGCGACCUCGUCGUGGCUCAUGCCGCGCACGCUCACCGCCGCGCGGAACGCCGCGCAGCUCGGCCGGCUCUUCGCGAACCUCUCCGUGGCCGUGCCGUACAUGGUCGGCGGCGGCGCGGUCGCGGCGGUCGGGCCCGACGAGACGGCGGUGACGCCCGCGUGGCGCACGAGCGUGUCGGACAUGACGGUGCUCCCGGGCUUCGCGACCGGCGGCGCGGCCGCGCUGACCGUCGGCGCGCUCGACGCGAUGUACCAGAGCGCGUACGACCAGAUCCAGCCGCUGCGCGCGCUCGCGCCGCCGCCCGCGGGCGGGCAGUACCUCAACGAGCCGGACAUGCUCGAGGAGAACUGGCAGGCGGCGUACUGGGGCGACGCGCACUACGCGCGGCUGCUCGCGAUUAAGAAGGAGGUGGACCCGCGGGAUUUGUUGAUUGUGAAGAAGGGCGUGAAUUCGGAGGGGUGGGACGACGAGCUGCUCUGCAAGACGACGUGA